ACAUAACCUCAUCUCCGAGGCCUAGUCUAUCGGACUGGUACAUCCCAACAUCGAACUCGACCUCUUCCCAACAUUCCCUUUCUCCCCGCCGCCAUGAGCAAACCAAUCAGAUUGGGGAGCCGGUUGCGGUACCCUAUUACUAUUGUCAAGUUGCUCAAGUCGCCUGGCGACACGAUUAAGAAGCAAGAACCGCUGAUGCAGUACUCGUUCAAGUGGAUGAAGGAGGUCGGCGACAAUCUCCGGGAAAAUACGUGGAUGGAGGAGCAGACGACCAUCGUCAACUGGGAUUCGCCCACAGACGGUGAGCUGAAGCAGUGGAAUAUUCACGAAGGCCAGCGCAUCGAGGCGGAUGCGCCCUGUAUGCUGGUCAAGGAGGCGUGCUCGCAUGAAAUCCAGUUUCAAGGCCUCUGCGCCAUCUGCGGGAAGGACAUGACCGAGGUCAACUGGGCCGCCGAGUCCCGCGAUACGCACCGCGCUCCUAUCAGCAUGAUACACGAUCGCACCAACCUAACCGUGAGCGCAGCCCAGGCCCAGCGCACCGAGCAGGAACUGCAGCGGCGACUGCUUCAGAGCCGCAAGCUGAGCCUGGUAGUAGACCUGGAUCAGACUGUUAUCCAGGCUUGCGUCGACCCCACCGUUGGCGAGUGGCUGAAGGACCCGACCAACCCCAACCACGAAUCGGUCAAGAACGUCAAGGUAUUUCAGCUGGACGAUGGCCCGGCCUGGCUGGCAAACCGCUUCUGGUACUACAUCAAGUUGCGCCCGGGCUUAGAGGGCUUCCUCAAGCGCAUUGCCGACAUGUACGAGAUGCACGUAUACACCAUGGGCACGCGCGCAUAUGCACACAACGUCGCGCGUGUCCUCGACCCGGACAGGAAACUGUUUGGUAACCGCGUCAUUAGCCGCGACGAAAACCACAACAUGUGGUCCAAAAGUCUGCAGCGCCUCUUCCCCGUGAGCACGCACAUGGUGGUGAUUAUCGACGACCGCUCCGACGUGUGGCCGGACAACCGACCCAACCUCAUUAAGGUGUCGCCGUACGAGUUCUUCAAGGGCAUCGGCGAUAUCAACUCCAGCUUUCUCCCCAAACGCCAGGACCUCCUCAAGUCGAACGGCGUCAAAAAGAAAUCGAAAAAAGAGCCCUCGGAGACAGCGGUCGACAAGAAAGAAGACGAGUCCGCAGUCACCAAACUCCAGGUCGAGGAGCAGCAGCGCACAUUCGAGAAGCAAAUCAAGGACCGGCCGCUGCAGGCGCUGCAAGAGAAGCUCGACUGGGAGGACGAGGAAGCCGAGAAGGUGACGGUGCAAUCCGAUGACGGAUCCGAGUCGCGCUCGUCGUCCCCGCCGGCACACCGCCGCCGCGUUCUGCUCGACGACGACCACGAGCUCGAAUUCCUCGAGCGACACCUGACCAACCUCCACAAGAUGUUCUACGACCGCUAUGAUAAGGAGCGCGCGGUGCACCAGGCAGGCGCGAACAACGUCGACUUCGAGGCCGUCCCCGACGUCGGUGACCUGCUGGACGAGGCCAAGUCACGCGUGUUGCGUGGGAAACGGAUCGUCCUGUCCGGCGUGCUCGCGCGCGACGUGGAUAUCUACAAAUCCGAGAUUGGCCUGCAGAUCAUGAGCUUUGGCGCCGACCUCGUUCCUCGCGUCCGCCGCGACGUUACUCAUCUUGUGGUCAAUGCCUCCCAACCCGGCAGGGAAAAGCUGCUUGAGGCCAGGCGAAGGCCGCACAUCAAGAUUGUGAGUCUCGAGUGGCUCGCCGAGUGCUUCACUAAAUGGGAAGCCGUGGAUGAGACGCCGUACCUGUUCACUUCUCGCCUGCCCGAAGAGGAGAAAGGGAACGGUGCUGCUGUCGGCGCUGAGGGGGAGGAGAGUGGGAGUGAGGAGACGGGUAAGCUGCCAAAUGGCUCGGGCCGGAAAAACCCGAGGUUAAAAUUGGUCACUGCAUCUGGGCGGACUAGAGAGUUGGAGGAUGACGAUGACGAUGACGACGAUGACGAGUCAUCGGACGACGGGAUGGACGAUGAAGACGAGGGCCUGCUCCCGGACGCGCUCGAAGAUGGGCAAUUGUCCCCGAUUGACGGGCUGAAAACCUUUAACUGGGGUUCGGCAGAUGCGGAGCUUGACGAGUUCCUUGCGAGCGGGUCCGACGAAGACGACGACGAGGAGGAAGGGGAUGAGGAUGAUGAGGACGAAGACGGGGACGACCACGAAACUGGUACGAACAGGGAUGAGGACGAGGAUCUUCCUCUGGGUGAAGAGCGGUCUCUAGAGCACUCACUUCAAGAUAAACCGGCUGCCGGGGAAAGUCCGUCAAAGAAACGAAAAUUGCGCGACGAGGACGCGGCCACCGAGACGGGCACCGAGUCAGAUGCCCUUGCCGGAGGCGACGAGACGCCGGCCAAGAGGCUGCGCAGGGCGAAGAGUCACCAUAGCUCCUCGCUGAGGAAUCGGUAUCACUCGGAUGUGGAUAGCGGACUGCCCACGCCUAGAGUCACCGGAGACGAGGAGGAUGCGGCCCUGGUCAAGGGCAGCCAGCAGAAUGGGGAUGGUGGUGGGUAUGAUGAUGCUGAGGACUUUGAUGAGGCCGAGCUGGAGGCCGAGUUCGAGGCGGAAUUUGAGGCAGAAUUCGAGGCCGAGGAGGCCGCGCUGCGGACUAUGGACGUGGAGAAGGGUUAGACUCGGGACAAAGUACAUACCUUGCUCGUUCAUACCGGUACGCUCCGGUCCAUCUUGCCAUGCCGGAUGGGUACCAGCUUGUUUGGGAUUGUCUUGAUUCAUGUUGAGACUAGGUAUAUCUGGGUGUUUGGUUUUAGCGUGGGCAGGGUCGGGUGGUUGGAGGUGGCUUACUUACUACCCGGUCAGACGGAGUUUUUUUGUCUUCGUUGUACGGUAUGGCAUGGUCGGUUUAGGGAGGCAUGGUCAAUACUUUGCAU